GACACAGUCGUCGUCGCGCGCGAUGUUGGCGAACAACCACAAGUACAGUGCGGUGCCCACCAUGGAGUUGACGCCGGUCUCGUCCCAGCAGCACUCCAGUGCUACCUCCGAGGCUUCUUCCGGGGGCGGAGACACUGCCCAGGGACAGCCGGACCGCCGCCGCGGCAGACUCAACUCUGAGUUGCUGAGCGCCGUCCUGGAGGGGAACCUAGAGGAGGUCACCAGAAAACUCGAGUUUGGAGCAUCAUCGAACGCGACAUGUCGGCGAACACGCACGACAGCACUUCAGCUCGCGGUCGCCUGUGGUCUUCCGGAGAUCGUGCAUCUUCUUCUGUGUCGUGGGGCGUCUGUCCAACGACGGGACCGCGCUGGCCGCCAAGCCGUGCACCUUGCCGCCGCCCAGGGCAACGUGAUUCUACUGCAGCUCAUCCUGGACUCGGACUCUACCCUCGUCGAUAGCCAUGUGGCUGACGAUACUCAUACCGCAGAGUCCUCGGACAGACACAAUCUUGACUCCUGGAGCCACAACCAUGACUCUGUAGCUCAAAUGAUACCAGAGCUCACGAGAGGAGCCACUCCGCUCCACAUUGCUGCCCAGAGACUACACCUGGAGUGUGUGUCGGAGUUGAUUCGGCGUGGUGCCAAGGUGGAUCUGCCAGACGAGCGAGGGAUCACUCCUCUGGACGUGGUGGGUGAAUUGCCACCUCCACAUUCCGGGGACGUGGAUGCCACGGCUGAUGCCCUACUCUCCCCUGACCACGACCUCUCUACAAGGAUAGAGAACAUGAAGCAGAGAAUCUCCAGGAUGCCUUCAGUUAAGCCGAUGCGCAUGAGGUUCGGAGUUCCCGAUAGCCCGACACCAGCACCGGACCAACCCUCUGAGCCGAGCAACAGGAUGAUGUUCUUCCCGGAUCCUUCCCCCUCUUCCAUCACUCUCCCUAAUGACUUCCGGCCGAAAGACCCUACUAUAGUGAUCACUCCGAGCUCUCCGGAUAGGAAAGUUCCAAGCUUAGCGCAAAGAGUGGUAAAUGAACUAAUCAAUAGAGGAGCCAAAAUGCCGAAGUCCAAAGUGAUCGUGAAGCAAGGUGGUAUCCAGAAUCAAGUAACGAUGCCUAUGACUUGCUUGCACACUGCGGUUGAAUGUCAGGAUCUGCAGCUGAUCGAGUAUCUCCUGGACAACGGCGCUUGUCAGCUGACGUGGAACAAUGCAGGCCUCACUCCUUUACAUCUGGCGGUGUCUAAGCGGCGACUGGAGUCUCUUAGGGUCUUACUAGAGAAGAAACCAUCCGUACAAGUCGUGGACGCUCGGGAUAGGUUCGGUCGAACUCCUCUUCACCUAGCUGUGGCGGAUGAGUGGUUUGCUGGAGUCAGCUUGUUGCUGGAAGCUGGAGCAGAUGUCAAGGUUACCUCCAACGACAGUCAAACCGUUCUGCACUUGGCCGCUAAGAAAUCCGAGUCACAACUGCUCGAGGAACUCCUGACGAUACCCGAGACUCUAGAGAUCAUUGACUCCCGCAACAACUUGCACGAGACCCCGCUGUGGUGUGCUGUAUCUGCGGGACAGUUGCCUUGUGUGAAGCUGCUGUUGUCGCGGGAAGCGGAUAUCUCGACAAGUCUCCCUGGGGAUGUGACGCUGCUGCACCUGGCCGCGGAGCUAGGUUAUGGUGACAUCCUGGGGAUGCUGCUGGGGGACCGGCGGAUCUCCGAUCUGCGGAACGUCCGGAGCAAGGAGGGCAAGGGCGGGACGACGGCGCUGCACCUUGCGGCCCUCAACGGCCACGAAGACUGUGUGGCCAGGCUGCUGGCUGCGGGCUGCGAUAUCUACUCUGUGACAACAGUCACUCCGUACUAUGGGUCCACGGCGCUGCACUUGGCUGCAGUCAGGGGCAACAUUGGAGUAGUGAAGAGUAUCCUGGAGCACGACAAGAACACGCUGUGUUUCAAGAACGCGGACGGCUGGUACCCGUUGCACGUGGCUGCAAGGUUCGGGAAGAAGGAUUGCGUGAGGUUAAUGCUCCUGAAGGGUGCCAACUUGGCCGCUACCAUAUCGGACUCCGGUGGAUACAAGAAUACCGCUUUAGACAUCAUCGUGUACAGUAUUCUUCGUCCUCUUUCGUUUCUAGAGAGAAUCUUUGACGCUUGUAUCGAGGUUAACGAGUACCCUCUGAACAACCCCAAGUGUAUCGCCAAGGUGAACUAUGACAUUCUCCAGCCUCUGGGCCCUCACCGGAAACAACUCCGAGUGCUCGACUCUCUGCUCAACUGCGGGAAGUCAGUUGUCCAGGAGAAGCUUCUGCUGCACCCGUUGGUAGAGACCUUCCUGUACCUCAAGUGGAAGAAACUGCGGAUCUUCUUCUUUCUGAUGAUGCUUCUCUACAUCGUGUUUACCAUUUCACUCACCACCAUGUCCAUGUUCUACUACGUUUUAAAAGUUCAAUCUCUGGCAGUGGACACUUGCGUAACGACAUGUCGCUGCACACUUUGCAUAUCUCUCACUCUAAUCACUCUGCAGGAGCUGCUUCAAGCGGCCAGAAUGCAGAGGUACUACAUCAAGGACCUAGAGUCCUGGGUCAAGUGGGUGACGUUCAUCUUGGCUACGGUGGUGGUGAUAGGACGUCAUCCUGCUCCUUGGCUCGUCCACGUGUCUGCGGUCGCUGUCCUGAUGUCCUGGCUCGAAUUGUUGUUCCUGAUGUCGCGGUGGCCUUCAGCUAUGGGAUUCUACAUCCUCAUGUUCUUCGCCGUCGCCAAGAAUGUUGUUCGGGUUUUGGCCACGUUCACGUUCGUCAUCCUGGGGUUCACCUUCGCCUUCAUGAUCCACUUCGAAGCCAAGGCACCGUUCGAGAACUGGUGGGAGGCGCUGGUGAAGGUGAUGGUGAUGACGCUGGAGUUCGACUACGGGUCGCUGUACGAGGGCAUAAGCGGGGUAAACGCCACCUCCAUCGUGAGCCGCUCCAUCUUCCUGUCGUUCAUGGUGUUGGUGGCGAUCGUGCUGGUGAACCUGCUGGUGGGGUUGGCGGUCAGUGACAUCGCUACGCUGGAGAAGCAAGGCCGCGCCCAGAGACUCGCCAAGCAGAUAGACUUCCUCAGCAUGCUGGAGAUGUUCGUCUAUAACCGCUCGCUGUUUUCCUGCUGUCCGCGGAAGGUGACCGAGGCCGUGAAGCGUUGCCGAGCUGUGGAGCCCAGCCUCGUCCUCGAGCCCGGAAAGCCGCUCAGGAAUACUCGUGAUACCCUCUCACAGCAGCUGCGGCAGGCGGUCAUCAACAGCAUCAUCAACAGGAAGAAGAACGGAGACGACGACGACUGCGAAGAUAGCUCCGACGACAGCUCUUCUGCGGACUUGCCUCUGGUCCCUCCUUCAGUGAAGCAGCAGCAUGAAUCGUCUCAAGAGGUUCCUCCCUUCGACGAUGAGAUAAGAAAAAGAUUGGAAAUGAUUAUGAAUGAAUUGACGUCUAUUAACCGUGAAAUUAAGAGUAUGAAAUCAACCAACACAACUGACUUUCCGGUGUAUGAAAAUAUUGAAUCAAAUCAAGGAAGGCUGUACAGAAUAGAUCUCGUCUUCUUCUCACACAUAAAAAGGCGCAAUGGUGGAGGGGAGAGUGGAUCCCCGCAGACACUCUCGCCGCCGCCGGCCAGACAGUCGUCUUCGCGCGCGAUGUUGGCGAACAACCACAAGUACAGCGCGGUGCCCACCAUGGAGUUGACGCCGGUCUCGUCCCAGCAGCACUCCAGUGCUACUUCCGAGGCUUCUUCCGGGGGCGGAGACACCGCCCAGGGGCAGCCGGACCGCCGCCGUGGCAGACUCAACUCCGAGUUGCUGAGCGCCGUCCUGGAGGGAAACCUAGAGGAGGUCACCAGAAAACUCGAGUUUGGAGCAUCAUCGAACGCGACAUGUCGGCGAACACGUACGACAGCACUUCAGCUCGCGGUCGCCUGUGGUCUUCCGGAGAUCGUGCAUCUUCUUCUGUGUCGUGGGGCGUCUGUCCGACGGCGGGACCGCGCUGGCCGCCAAGCCGUGCACCUUGCUGCCGCCCAGGGCAACGUGCUUCUGCUUCAGCUAAUCCUGGACUCGGACUCUACCCUCGUCGAUAGCCACGUGGCUGACGACACUGAUACCGCAGAGUCCUCGGACAGACACAGUCUUGACUCCUGGAGCCACAACCAUGACUCUGUAGCUCAAAUGAUACCAGAGCUCACGAGAGGAGCCACUCCGCUCCACAUCGCUGCCCAAAGACUUCACUUGGAGUGUGUGUCGGAGUUGCUUCGGCGGGGUGCCAAGGUGGAUCUGCCAGACGAGCGAGGGAUCACUCCUCUGGACGUGGUGGGUGAAUUGCCACCACUGCAUUCCGGGGACGUGGAUGUCACGCCAGAUGCCCUACCCUCCCCUGAUCCCGACCUCUCUACAAGGAUAGAAAACAUGAAACAGAGAAUAUCCGGGAUACCUUCAAUUAAGCCGAUGCGCAUAAGGUUUGGAGUUGCCGACGGCCCGACGCCUUCGUUGGACCAACCCUCUGAGCCGAUGAACAGGAUGAUGUUCUUCCCGGAUCCUUCUCCUUCUUCCAUCACUCUCCCUAAUGACUUCCGACCGAAAGACCCAACUAUAGUGAUUACUCCCAGCUCUCCGGAUAGGAAAGUGCCCAGCCUAGCUCAAAGAGUGGUGAACGAACUAAUCAACAGAGGAGCCAAAAUGCCGAAGUCCAAAGUGAUCGUGAAGCAAGGUGGUAUCCAGAAUCAAGUGACGAUGCCUAUGACUUGCUUGCACACUGCGGUUGAAAGUCAGGAUCUGCAGCUGAUCGAGUAUCUCCUGGAGAACGGCGCUUGUCAGCUGACGUGGAACAAUGCAGGCCUCACUCCUUUACAUCUGGCGGUGUGUAACCGGCUCCUGGAGUCUCUCAGGGUCUUGCUGGAGAAGAAACAAUCCGUACAAGUCGUGGACGCUCGGGACAGGUUCGGUCGAACUCCUCUUCACCUGGCGGUGGCGGACGAAUGGUUUGCUGGAGUCAGCUUGUUGCUGGAGGCUGGAGCAGAUGUCAAGGUGACCUCCAACGACAACCAAACAGUUCUGCACUUGGCAGCUAAGAAAUCUGAGUCACAACUUCUCGAGGAACUCCUAACAAUACCCGAGACUGUAAAGAUCAUUGAUUCUCGCAACAACUUGCACGAGACCCCGCUGUGGUGUGCUGCAUCUGCGGGACAGUUGCCUUGUGUGAAGCUGCUGUUGUCGCGGGAAGCGGAUAUCUCGACAAGUCUCCCUGGGGAUGUGACGCUGCUGCACCUGGCUGCGGAGCUAGGUUAUGGUGACAUCCUGGGGAUGCUGCUGGGGGACCGGCGGAUCUCCGAUCUGCGGAACGUUCGGAGCAAGGAGGGCAAGGGCGGGACGACGGCGCUGCACCUUGCGGCCCUCAACGGCCACGAAGACUGUGUGGCCAGGCUGCUGGCUGCGGGCUGCGAUAUCUACUCUGUGACAACAGUCACGCCGUACUACGGGUCCACGGCGCUGCACUUGGCUGCAGUCAGGGGCAACAUUGGGGUAGUGAAGAGUAUCCUGGAGCACGACAAGAACACGCUGUGUUUCAAGAACGCGGACGGCUGGUACCCGUUGCACGUGGCCGCCAGGUUCGGGAAGAAGGAUUGCGUGAGGUUAAUGCUCCUGAAGGGGGCCAACAUGGCCGCUACCAUAUCGGACUCCGGCGGAUACAAGAAGACCGCUUUAGACAUCAUCGUGUACAGUAUCCUUCAUCCUCUUUCUUUUCUGGAGAGAAUAUUUGACGCUUGUAUCGAAGUUAACGAGUACCCUCUGAACAACCCUAAGUGUAUCGCCAAGGUGAACUAUGACAUUCUCCAGCCUCUGGGCCCUCACCGGAAACAACUCCGAGUGCUCGACUCUCUGCUCAACUGCGGGAAGUAUGCUGUCCAGGAGAAGCUCCUGCUGCACCCGCUGGUGGAGACCUUCCUGUACCUCAAGUGGAAGAAACUGCGGAUCUUCUUCUUCCUGAUGAUGCUUCUGUACAUCGUGUUUACUAUGUCACUCACCACCAUGUCCAUGUUCUACUACGUUUUCAAAGCUCAAUCUCUGGCAGUGGACACCUGCGUAACGGCAUGUCGCUUCACACUUUGCAUAUCUCUCACUCUAAUCACUCUGCAGGAGCUGCUUCAAGCGACCAGAAUGCAGAGGUACUACAUCAAGGAUCUAGAGUCCUGGGUCAAGUGGGCGACGUUCCUCCUGGCGACUGUGGUGGUGAUCGGACGUCAUCCCGCUCCUUGGCUCGUCCACGUGUCUGCGGUUGCUGUCCUGAUGUCCUGGCUCGAGUUGUUGUUCCUGCUGUCACGGUGGCCUUCAACUAUUGGCUUCUACAUCCUCAUGUUCUUCGCCGUCGCCAAGAAUGUUGUUCGGGUUUUGGCCACGUUCACGUUCGUCAUCCUGGGGUUCACCUUUGCCUUCAUGAUCCACUUCGAGGCCAAGGUACCGUUCGAGAACUGGUGGGAGGCGCUGGUGAAGGUGAUGGUGAUGACGCUGGAGUUCGACUACGGGUCGCUGUACGAGGGCAUAAGCGGGGUGAACGCCACCUCCAUCGUGGGCCGCUCCAUCUUCCUGUCGUUCAUGGUGUUGGUGGCGAUCGUGCUGGUGAACCUGCUGGUGGGGUUGGCGGUCAGUGACAUCGCUACGCUGGAAAAGCAAGGCCGCGCCCAGAGACUCGCCAAGCAGAUAGACUUCCUCAGCAUGCUGGAGAUGUUCGUCUAUAACCGCUCGCUGUUCUCCUGCUGUCCACGGAAGGUGACCGAGGCCGUGAAGCGUUGCCGAGCUGCGGAGCCCAGCCUCUUCCUCGAGCCCGGGAAGCCGCUCAGGAAGACUCGCCAAAUCCUCCCUCAGCAGUUGCGGCAAGCGGUCAUCAACAACAUCAUCAACAGGAAGAAGAACGGAGACGACGACAGCUGCGAUGAUAGCUCAGACGACAGCUCUUCUGCGUCUGACUUGCCUCUGGUUCCUCCUUCAGUGAAUGUGCCGAAGCAGCAGAAUGAGUCAUCGCAUGAGCUUCCUCCCUGUGACGAUCAGAUGAGAAAAAGUUUGGAAAUGAUUAUGAAUGAAUUGGCUUCAAUUAAACGUGAAAUUGAGAGUAUGAAGUCAACAAAAACUACUGACUUUCCAGUGUAUGAAAAUAUAGAAUCAAAUCGAUUAAGGCUGUACAGAAUAUAGUCCCUCUUGCAUUGAAGUUAACUUGGCUUGGUCUAGCCUAUCAGUAUACUUGUUUAUUCUAUGAGAUAAAUAGUUUAGUACGUUACCAUAAGUUUAAUUGUGACUGAGAUUACCUAUUAAUAUAUUGACAUGUAAUGGUUAUGCUGUGUGAUAUGUGAUAUAUUUUUAUAACAAUAAAAUGUGUUUGUUAUUUUCGUAA